AUGUCACACUCCCCUGACCUAAAGUAUGAACACCAAGCUCAAAGAACAGAAAAACUGUCAAAAAUUACUGGUAGGCAUGCGAGUAUUGCUAAGAUUGAACCUUUUCUCGUAGCUUCUACAGAGGAAGAGGCAAUCAAAAAUGGGCAAUUAAUCAGAAAAUCUGAUCAGAUAAAAAAGAUGAGUGGAUGUCGUCCUUUAGCAUAUCAAGUAGAUGAUGAAAAAGGAGAAAAUAAUAAAAAAAUUAAUGUACUUAAAAAGAAGUUUGGAGAUGACCAUAAUGUCCAUGGUGUUAUUCCUUAUGUAUUAAAUGUGGACACUGAAGAAGAUGCAGCUGAAAAAGGAAAACAACUCAGAAGUUAUGAAAAGGUUCAAAGAAAAAUGGGCCAACUCUAA